AUGGCAAUGGUGGCCCAUGUUGACGAAGCUCCCGACUACUAUCAUGUAUUGGGUCUGCUGCCCGAAGCAACUUCCGAUGAGGUUCGAGGCGCGUAUAUACGAGAAGCAAUCAGGUGGCAUCCUGAAAGGAACAUUGAUGAUCAGAAUGCAACUGAGAGAUUCAGGCUUGUAGCCGAUGCUUAUUACGUCUUGAGUGAUGCUGCGAGAAGGAGAGUCUACGAUUCAGCAAGAGCAAACGAUCAACAACAAAUUCAACCAUUGCAAGUCGAUGCAAACGGAACCUUUGCUGACGUAUUCGCGGAGCUACUACGACCAGAAGUCGAACAUCCUUCACAUAUUUACGGCACACUUGGCGCUGUUUCUGGAGCAAUAUUGGGGUUCAUCACAGCAAACAUGGUUGGCGCUGUGGCUGGCUUUGCUGCUGGUGGAGCACUAGGCAAAGUGCGAGACGCAAAAGGUGUAUCGGUCUAUGAUGCAUUCACAAAAUUGUCCAGCCCUCAACGACGUCAAAUAUUGGAAAGGAUUGCAACGCAAAUACUUGGUGUGGCAAUGUCAGGAACGUCCGGCACGAUCAAUAAUCUGUUGAUGUAG